GGAAAUAACUAUAUCAACUCGUAACUAUGGACACAGAAAACUUUAAAUCUCUAUUACGUAUGUUUACAUUAUACAUAUACGAGCAAAUAUCAACGAUCAUAUAUAUAAUAUAACCAAACAUUUAAUUUAAUUGCAUUUUAUACACAGGAUUAAUUAAUUUAGAGAAGAAAUAUCAAAUUAAUGUCGAUUAGAUGGAUAAAUGUUUAACGAUAUUCACGAAAAAAUAUGUUGGAAUCGAGAAGAGAAUUGAUCAAGAUUUUUAUUCACGAAAGAAAAUACUGAUUGAAAAACUUAAGUUAUUCUGUCAUUUGAUCGAGAACAAUACGAAGCAGCACCUAAAAAAGGAAACAAUACGGGAUAAAAAUAAUAAAUUGUGCGAUAUUGAGAAAGCUAAACAUGAAAUGAUACAACGGGAGAGUCUUCUUCAUAAAGAGAGUUUAAAUUUUAAGCAAUUUCAACGAAAUGUCGAAUUAGAAUUGGAAGCAAUAAAACUUGCAAAAAAGAAUAUCGAAGAAAAUUUGAAAGAGACACUAAGAAAACGAAAAGAAGAAUUCUCAUCCAAGAUUUUAGAUACAAAUUUAAAGAAUAAAAUAAAGAUAAAAUCUAUGGAAAUGGAAAUCGAAAAGUUUGAUCUUCGUUUAAAAUCUAAUCACGAUAUAAAUCAGUUGGAAAUUAACGAUUUAUACAAGAAACGGUACAAAAUGAAAAAGCUAUAUCUAGAUGAACUGGUAAAAUACGACAAAGAUAUCGAAUCACUUUAUACAUAUAAAAAUACUCUUUUAACUGAAAAAGAUUGUAUCGACAACGAAUACGCCAUUAUUCAGGAUCAACUCGUCGCACAACGUAAUUUAUAUAAACAAUUAAAAGAGGAACAGGAGCUAAACGAGAAAAAGGCUUUUUUAGAAAGGAUAGAAAAUUUUCGUCGAAAUCAUGCGGCGAAAAUUAUUCAACAAAAUUGGAAAUUAUAUUACAUACGUAUAUCUGUAAGAAAAAAAAAAGGUAGAAAAUAA